AACUCCAGUAGUUUUUGUCCAUUACUCUUUGUUUUAAAUUCACUUAACAGUGCUUUUCAAAGUUAAUGUAAUGACCCUCUAGAGGAGGGGUCAGCAAACUACAGCCUACAAGCCAGAUCCAUCCUGAUGUCUGGUUUUCUAAUUUAAUAUUUAUUGGGACAUAGUCACACCCAUUUUCUGUUUUACUGUCAUGGAUUUGGAGAGAGGGAUAGCUUGCAAAGGGGCACAAGGAAACUUUCAGGGGUAAUACAAAUGUUUAUCUUAAUUGUGAUGAUGAUUUUCAUGGGUGUAUAAGUAUGUCAAAACUGAUCAAAUUGUUGAUUUGAAACAUGUGCAGUCUCUUGUCCUUCAUUAGACCCCAAAAGUUUAUUAAAAAAAGAGGUAUAGAGAUAAAGAUCAAGUUUAAAAAAUAAAACAUACAGAUUGCAUACCCAAACAUCAUUUAAGUUCAACAGACAUAAAAUUAUUCAGUCAAACUGCCAUAAAAAAUUUUAACAAUCUCAAUGUCUAUACCUAUUUUGCUGGGAAUUCGUAACAACCCUUUGUUACUAAUCAGCAUUCCACAAUUAGCAUUCCCCAAAACAGUAUUUGAGUAGCACUGUUCUAAGAAAUACAACAGAAAGCUGAUGGCAUCCCUAUUCCACAUGGAUAUUACAAUCUGUAUAAAAAUGAAACAGUUACCUAACUAUAACAGGCUAUGGUGUAGUUCCAAAGACAGUGAUUUAGGGCUCAUCAGUACACAAUAAAAUGAAAAACAGCAAGGACUUUGGAAACCAUCAGGCUGGGAUUCAAACUCAAUUUCUUUCAUUUUCCUCAUCUUACAGUAUAGGUGAAUUAUGAAACUGCUUCCCUUCAGUUUGUCAUAGGACGAAAUGAUAAAAUAAUGUUCUCUUCAUGAGGCUGUUUGUAUCUUUCCUUGGCAACAUGCAUGUAGUAGGUAUUCAAUAAAUAUUUGUUAGCUGAACAAAGAGCCUAGAAAAUUGCAGUUCCAGAGUUGCUAAGCAACUUGCCAGAAUAUAGUAGUUACUGACUACUGCUUAUCUCCUGCUGGUUGUGAUUCUUGUCUGGAGACUGGAUUUAAAACAUUUUCUUAUAUGUAAAAAGAUGGCUUAUCAGAAGGUCAAUGCAGAUCAAAGAGCUCCAGGACAUUCACAGUAUUUAGACAAUGAUGACCUUCAAGCCACUGCCCUUGACUUAGAGUGGGACAUGGAAAAGGAGCUGGAGGAGCCUGGUUUUGACCAGUUCCAGCUAGAUAGUGCUGAGAAUCAGAACCUGGAGAAUCCAGAGACUGCAGACCUCAAUCUUGAUUCCAUUCAACCAGCAACUUCACCCAAAGGAAGGUUUCAGAGACUUCAAGAAGAGUCUGACUAUGUAACCCGUUAUACAAGAUCUGCACCAAAGAGCAACCCCUGCAAUUUUUGCCGCCUUUUAAAAAUACUUUGCACAGCCACCGUUUUAUUUAUUUUGGGGAUUUUGAUAGGCUAUUAUGCACAUAAAAAUUGUCCUUCAAAUGCUACAACUUCAGGAACGCUUGAUCUUCACUUAUACCAAGAGAUUCUCAAGACAAUCCAAGCAGAAGAUAUUAAGAAGUCUUUCAGAAAUUUGGUACAACUGUAUAAAAGUGAAGAUGACACAGAAAUUUCAAAGAAGAUUAAGAGUCACUGGACUUCCCUGGGCCUAGAAGAUGUACAGUUUGUAAAUUACUCUGUGUUGCUUAAUCUGCCAGGCCCUUCUGCCAGCUCUGUGUCUCUGAGCAGCAGUGGCCAAUGCUUUCAUCCUAAUGGCCAGCCUUGCAGCGAAGAAGCCAGAAAACACAGCAGCCAAGAUCUGCUUUACUCAUAUGCAGCCUAUUCUGCCAAAGGAACUCUCGAGGCUGAAGUCAUUGAUGUGAGUUAUGGAAAUGCAGAUGACUUAAAAAGGAUACAAAAAAUGAAAAAUACAACGAAUAAGAUUGCACUCCUGAAAUUAGGAAAAUUGCCAUUACUUUAUAAGCUUUCCUUAUUGGAAAAGGCUGGAUUUGGUGGUGUUCUUCUAUAUAUUGAUCCUUGUGAUUUACCAAAGACUGCAAAUCUUAGCUAUGAUACCUUCAUGGUGUCACUGAACCCAGGAGGAGACCCUUCUACACCUGGUUAUCCAAGUGUGGAUGGAAGCUUUAGGCAAAACCGAUCAAACCUCACAUCCCUGCUGGUGCAGCCCAUUUCAGCAUCUCUCGUUGCAAAACUGAUCUCUUCACCAAACAGCAGAACCAAAAACAGUAUCUGUAGCCCUCUAGAACUGCCAAACAAUGAUCAGAGAAUUGUCAGCAUGCAAAUUCAGACAGUUUCCAAAUUCAAAACAGUUACUAAUGUUGUUGGAUAUUUAAAGGGCUUGACAUCUCCAGAUCGGUAUAUCGUAGUUGGCAGCCGUCAUCACACUGCAUACAGUUAUUAUGGACAAGAAUGGGCCAGCAGCACUGCCAUAAUCACAGCUUUUAUCCAGGCCUUGAUGUUAAGAGUUAAGAGAGGGUGGAGACCAGACCGCACAAUUGUUUUCUGUUCAUGGGGAGGAACAGCUUUUGGCAAUAUUGGCUCAUAUGAAUGGGGAGAGGAUUUCAGGAAGGUUCUGCAGAGAAAUGUUGUGGCUUACAUUAGUCUCCAUAGUCCCAUAAGGGGUAACUCAAGUCUAUAUUCUGUAGCUUCACCAUCUCUUCAGCAACUGGUGGUAGAGAAAAAUAAUUUCAACUGUUCCAGAAGAGCUAAGUGUCAAGAAACCAAUGUCAGUUCUGUACAGAUAGAAGGUGAUGCUGAUUAUUUCAUCAACCAUCUUGGAAUUCCCACCGUGCAGUUUGCCUAUGAGGAUAUCACAGCAUUAGAGGGUCCAAGUUUUCUCUCUGAGGCCCUUUUCCUUAAACGUGCAACAAAAAUUGAAGAAAUGGAUCCUUUUUUCCACCUUCAUGAAACCAUUACCAAGCUCUCGGGAGAAGUGAUUUUGCAAAUUGCCAAUGAACCAGUUCUGCCCUUUAAUGCUCUUGAUAUAGCUAUAGAAGUUCAAAACAGUCUUAAAGGUGAUCAACCCUACACUCAUCAACUGCUAGCCUUGGCGUCACGCCUGCGGGAGAGUGCUGAACUCUUCCAGUCAGAUGAGAUGCGUCCUGCUAAUGAUCCCAAGGAGAGAAUUCCAAUCCGUGUCCGAAUGCUGAAUGACAUACUCCAAGACAUGGAGAAAAGCUUCCUGGUAGAGCAAGUGCCACCAGGUUUUUAUAGAAAUAUCCUGUACCACCUUGAUGGGAAGACAAGCCAGUUUUCAAUACUCCUGGAGGCUUGGGAGCACUGCAAGUUACUUGCAUCAAAUGAGACCAUUCAGGAAGCCCUGUCAGAGGUGUUGAACAGCAUUAAUUCAGCUCAGGUUUACUUUAAAGCAGGACUUGAUGUGUUCGACAGUGUCUUGGUUGGAAAGAACUGAGAAAACUCGCAGCAUUUUAAGAAGUUUGUUUACAAUUCCUCAAGCAAAAGCUCUAACCUAACCAGAUUUUCUGACAUUGAAGACUUUCCCCCCAAUGACUUUUUUACAAUUCCAAAGCUAUUAUUACAUUGUAUUUUUAAAUGUACAUAUAAAAGAGCAUUUUGCACAUUUAAUAUUUUCUUAUAUCUACAUCUCUGAAUAUGUAAAAGCAAGUUAUUGAAAUAAUACCUAAGGUUUAUCUAUUAAAAAGAAAUCUGCUGUAUUUUUAUAUAUAUGAAAUAUUUGGGGGGCAAAGUUCCAAGAAGUUCUGGACAAUCUUCAAUUCUAGGGAUAAACCAUGUAGGAACAGAAGUUAUUCCCUAUGUUACAGCUAUUAAUGACCUAGUUUCUGUAAUAGAAAUGGAAAGUUGAUAUGGUUUCAGAUUAACUUCACUAGUAAGUAUUCAAUAUGAAGAAUUCAAGUAUUCCGACUGAAUGAUUGGUCGACCAAAACCACUUUGAAUGUUUCUAUUUUAUGAAAUGAAGUGCCUGUUCAUAAUACAACUAGAUGUAGUAAUACACUGGUUAUGAAAUUGUAUUUUUUUAAGUAUUAAUGAAAAAAAGAGCCAUAAACAUUCCAGGGGAAAAUCUCAAAGUAGCUGCACAGAGCAAUUUAAAUGCAAAUUUUUUCCUAACAACUUAUAAGGUGACUAGCUUUGAAACCCCUAAUUUGCCUCAGUUGAUUUUGUAAAAAUUACAGGAGUGAUAUAUGUCUUAUGAGGGAGAAAAUAUUUCUUAUUUCUUCUGUUCGUUCUGUAGGAAGCACUGAAACCUAGCUACUCUGAAAUGAAAGCAUUUUGCAUUGUUCUUCCUACCUGUAUCUCUUCUGAAACUCCUUCCUGGAAGGCAGUUUUAACAGAAUACCAUGUAAUUUCCACAGGAAAAUAGCAAAGUUUUCUUUGAAAACCCAAACUAUCUUAAAAAAACACCAAACUGCUGUUUCUGCCACUGACACAAAGGACUCACAAUGAAAGAAAUAGCUGUUUGAUCAAUGAAAAACUUCUUAAUUCUGUGAAGAAACUUUUGAUAUUUUUCCUUCUUUAUCCUUCAUUGUGACUAAGAUGCAAAAGUAGAAAAUAUUCAUGCUUCUAAUUUUAUGCAGAAAAUACAGUGUUACUACAAGAGUGUGUCUUUCCCACACUUCGAUUCUUCUCUCAUGUGGAAAAUGAAGUUUUUCAUGUUGACACUGUCAUGGAAUGGCCCUAGCAUCCACUAUUCCCCAAAAGCCUACAAUUUUUUCUAUUGGAUGACAGUUUAAACUGUGAGCUUCUCUUUAGAAAUGUUCUUCUGGUAUUGAAUAAAGCGAUACCUCCUAGGAA